UCUUUUCAGUCUCCGAUCUUUAUUAACAAUGGCAAGUGGCGAUUUGAAGGAGGAUUUAAGCCGUCUUCUCCACUGGGGUCCCAUAAUACUUAUGGUUCUGACCCUGAUUGUCACCUGGACUGUGGUGGAAAUGAAUGCGAUGUGGUGGACACCGGGUAAGGAUCUUGGAUCUGUGGUAAACUACGCUCUUAUCUGGCUACACACCUUUGGCACGCUCUAUCACUUUCUCAAAUCCUUGAUGGUGGGUCCUGGUUACCUGCCGGUCAAGUGGUAUCCCGAGAGGAUCAAGGACACGGAGUUCUUGCAAUUCUGUACCCGCUGCGAUGGCUACAAGGCUCCCAGAUCGCAUCAUUGCCGCCGCUGUGAUCGUUGCGUGAUGAAGAUGGAUCACCAUUGUCCUUGGAUCAACAACUGCGUUGGAUGGUCCAAUCAGGCCAGUUAUAUUUACUUUCUUCUCUUUUUCCUAUCGGCUAGUAUACAUGGAAGCACUAUAAUGGUCUGCGCCGUAGUCCAAGGACUACAGAAACGUUGGCUGGUCAGACAAGGAUUGAAACAUUUGGUCACGGUCCACUUGACUCCUAAAAAUCUGAUGGCCUGUUUAGUUAGUCUUGGGAUCUCAACGGGCACUGGCUUGGCAAGCAUCAAGCUGCUGUACAUGCAGCUGAAGGUGCUGUUUCGGAACCAGACUGAGAUCGAGAGUUGGAUAGUGAAGAAGGCGAAUUUUCGUCGCAAUGCUUUUCCUGGUAAUCGAAUUAAGGCCUUCGUUUAUCCCUACAAUCUAGACUGGAAGGCCAACUGCCGAGAGGUUUUCUUAUCCUCUGGCAAUGGCAUUUCCUGGCCAGUCUUACCGGGAUGUAAUCAAUACACGCUGACCAGGGAACAGCUGGCGCAAAAGAAGGACAAAAGGGCUCGCACUCGCACCUACAAAUGCGUUUAUCCAGCCACAGGACACUGGUUGCCUAUCAUCUCCCAGGGUUUGUGGGUAACCCUUAACAUUCCCUGCGCCGAUGAUCCUCGCAUUGUCCUGCAGCCAGGUGAUCUCAUACAGGUGACUCGCAUUCAGGAAUACUGGCUGUACGGCGAAAGAGUGAUCUCGCAGGAGGAAAAGGAGAAGGGCAAGAGGCGCAAGGUUGCCAUUCGAGGAUGGUUUCCAACCCGUUGUGCUAUAGAGAUAUUAUCAGAAGAUUCUGAGAUAGAGAUGGAGAUAUUAUCAGAAGAUUCUGACAUAGAAGAUUUUAGGGGUGGAGCAGAAGCGAAGCUGAAAGAGGAUAUAGAAGGAGCUCUUCAAGAGACAGAGAUAGCCAGUGAUAUUCCCAGUCCAUAUGAAGAGCCCGGGAAGCGCCUGCGUAAGAAGUAAAGGGUAUUCUUUUGGGCGACUUCAAACCUGAAGAGAAAUCCCUGUCAUAUGCCGCAAUGAAAUUGCUUUGGUCAACCGCCACAUUAAUCUCUUAAUGCUUAAUGCUUUUCAAUAAUGCAAAAAUAUAAAUAAAUCCUUUCGCGGAGCCAGCAAGCCA